AUGCUGGCGCCCGGCGGGGCUCCCAUGAUGUGGCGACGCGGUGGCCUGUCCACCUAUCAGGGGAGCCGUCGCUGCCCCGGCGGAUUUGACCGCGAGGCGGGGCGCAUGACGUCGAGAGCAGAGUCAAUUUCCGACAAGAGCCGCGCGCCACGGGCCACGAGGAGGCGUCGGGCGUUCUCCGACUGGUAUGAAGUCCUCCUGAAAUACAAGGAGGAGCAUGGUCACUGCAAAGUUCCACAGAACUAUCCUGGAGGAUUGGGGAAGUGGGUCUCCAGACAAAGAGUCAAGUGGAAGUGUGGUGUGCUAGACGUGGAGGCCUACCACCAGCUGUGUGCUGUCGAUUUCGUCUUUGAUGCCGAUGAGCACACUUGGACCCAACAUUUCAAGGACCUCUGCGACUUCCACGACAGGCAUGGUCACUGCGACGUGUCCCACAGCGACCAGGAUGCAGCAGUGAAGUACCCUGGACUUGCCGACUGGGUUUCUCUGCAGAGACACACUCAUAAGAGGGGCAGGCUCCCAGAAGAUCGGCGCAGGAGGCUCUCAGGCUUGGGGUUCACUUGGCAGCAGCAGGAGUAUCGAUGGCAGCAACGCUUCAAUGAACUUGUAGAGUUCCAGAAGGAACACGGGCACUGCAAUGUGCCAAGGGACUGGCCAGAAAAUCCACAACUGGGCGAUUGGGUGAACGCUGUGAGGAAGAAAUAUCAGGGCACUGGGAACAAUGUAGCAUCCAUAACUGUCGCCCAGGAAGCUGCCUUGAAGGCCAUCGGCUUUGACUUUGCCCCUUGGGAAAGGUGCUGGAAUGACAAUUAUGCUCUUCUGCGGGAACUGGUGGCUGAACGGGGCAGUUUGGGCACCAGGUUGCCAAACAGGGGGAAAUACAGUGGAUUGAGGGACUGGGCCAAUCGUCAGGUCUAUCUGAACAGAACUGGUCAGCUUUCACGUGAGCGUUGGCGCCGCCUGAAUGUCGUUGGCUUUGUGUGGGAUGUGAAUGAGCUGGCUUGGAACAGUGGCCUGGAGGCCCUGGGGGAGCUUGUGCAAGAGCGGGGACCCCAGACGGCCUACCUCUUUCUGGAGCUCUUGGAUGGCGCCCUGCUGCUGAAGGAAGCCAAAUCAGGGAGGCGAAACACAAUGGGUGGAAGCACAGUCACCAAGGGAAAGACUGAUUUGAGGGACUUGGUGGCAUGGUUCCGUAACACGCGCAGGGCAGCAUUGGCUGGCGAGUUGAGCGACAGAAGAAUAGAACAGCUGGCAACCCUGGGGUUCUUGUGGAAUGUGCAGGGCGAUGAUGGAGGGACUGGAAGCCGUUCACAAAUGCUUGAAGACAUGCACAAGCAGGGCGCUGAACUUCAGUAA